GAAUUUUAAUAAUUUUUAAUUUUUGUUUUUUUUUUGUGCUCAGCUGCCGCUUCCAGUUCCUUCUGUAUUUAAUCGAAUCAAGCUCCUAUUGAAUUUUUACUCCUGCUGAUUUCAUGUAUAAAUUGGACGCAACUUUGGACGAUGUCCAAAAUACUCGUUUUUUCAAUAUUUAUAGUGAUUUGAUUAAGCAAAUGUCCAAAGAGACACAAUUUAACGAAAUGGAAGUUCAAAGCAUUCUUUUGGUCUAUCACAAAUUUGUCUUGGACAAUGGCCCAAAGGCCAAGAGUAUGACUAUCAAACAAUUCAAUAAUCUGUUCUUUGUGCUUUUCAAAAUCAAUGAUAUGCAAAUAAUUGAGCGUACACUUAAGCUAAUAACAUCCGAAUCGCAGAAAGAUGUUGAUCCGUUAGCCUGGGUAAAACUGUUAUCGGUGUUUCUAUCCAGUGAUUUGGAGCAAAGAAUGCAAUUUGCUUAUCAGAUCUAUGAUGUUGGUGGCAAAGGUGCCUUAACUCGUUUAAUGGUCAGCUUGGCUGUGGAGAAUUUUUUUGCUAUUGAUGAUGAAGAUGAGUUAAAUGAGUUGAGAACGGAUAUGGUUGAAUUGAUAUUUCGAAAAUUUGAUGUUGAUAAGGAUGGCAUUAUCUCUUAUGAUGAUUACUCCAAUGUAGUUAGAAAACAACCGAUGCUAUUGGAGUUCUUGGGUCAAUGUUUUCCCAAUACCAAUGACUUGACCAUCAUUGCUUAUUGUACAAACCUUUUGUCCAAGAUGAGAUUUUUCGAAGGCAAACUUCAAGAAUGACUAUAAAUAUAUGAAAUAAAAAUUUAAAAACUGUUUUUUUUUU